GGCCCAAAAGAAAAUUAAACAUACAGAGCAAAACGAAGAAGAAUCGAAUCGAUAGAACCGUGAAUUGUCAAACAAUUCGAAUCCAUCUACUUCACAAAAUUGCGAUCAGUAGACAAAUUGAUAGACAGCUUAAACCUGUGUUCGUCAAUUUUUGCAGCAUUGACUUAAUCGAAUCCGUAAAGAUCGGUUAUGGCGGAGGCCAAGAAGAAGAGAGGCGAAGAAGCUAGUACCAGCGGCGGCGGCGGCGGCGGAAUUGGUGGGAGAGGAGAAAGCGUAGUGACGGAUUGCGGCCGCCAGAAAAGCACCUGCGGUUACUGUAAAUCUGGUGCUCGGACCAGUAUUUCUCAUGGUCUAUGGCCGCAGAGUUUGACGGUGGAUGACUAUCAAGCUCUCAUUGACAGAGGUUGGAGAAGAUCUGGAUGUUACUUGUACAAACCUGACAUGGAGAAAACAUGCUGCCCAUCAUAUACUAUUCGUCUCAAAACUAGUGAAUUUGUUCCUUCUAAAGAACAAGUUCGAGUAUCUAAAAGAAUGCAAAGGUUUCUAGACGGUACAUUAGAUGUGAAGAAAACAAACAAUGGGGAAUCGUGCAAUAUUGCAACAGAAUCUCCGGUAGUUGAUGGUGGAGGCAAGGACGAAACCGACCAGUUUAUGCAUUUCUUUUCAGAGCAGAUUAAUAAUUCAGUACAAGUAUGCGUGAAAAGUGGGGAAUUCCCUUCAGACAUACAGUUGCCGAAGGCUUCCAUCAAAAGAGUUGUACCAGCUAAACGAAACUUGCAAGCAGACAAUUCAGAAGAACUCAUUUUCUCAUGCAAUAUCGCCUUCCAAAUUUCAGCUACUCUAAGACGAUUCAAGAAAGAUUUUCACACGGAAUCGAGUGAGCUUUCUCCUACAACGAUUGCUGAAAUUUUGGCAAGCCACUCAAAGCAGACAGCAGAAGCGUGUGGUUUGUCGGUCAGAGCUUGCUAUGGACACAUAAAUUUCUAUUCUUUUACGAAGCAAUCAGAUUUAAUUGACCCUCGAAGAAGCGUAAUUUCCAAACCUGCCCCCACAACAAACAUCAGUAAUGAGAGGCCUUUGAAGAGAAGUUGUGGGGCCCGUGAGAGCCAAAGACAUAAAUUCGAGAUACGGCUGAAACAAUCGAGCUUUGAUUACGAAGAAUACUCUCUAUACAAGAAAUAUCAACUUACAGUGCAUAACGACGUACCCGAUGACGUCACUGAAAGCUCGUACAAGAGGUUCUUGGUCGACACUCCUUUAACAUAUAUUCCGCCGAAUGAUAAUAAUGCUGCAGUUCCUCCUUGUGGGUUUGGCUCUUUCCAUCAGCAGUAUUUGGUGGACGGGAAAUUAAUUGCAGUUGGUGUUGUCGAUAUACUGCCAAAGUGUUUGUCUAGUAAAUAUCUAUUUUGGGACCCUGAUUUUGCCUUUUUAUCACUCGGCAAGUUUUCGGCUUUACAAGAAAUUAAGUGGGUUAACGAGAGUCAAUUACGUUGCCCAAGCCUUCAGUACUAUUAUCUUGGCUAUUACAUUCACUCGUGCAGCAAGAUGAGGUAUAAAGCUGCUUAUCGGCCAUCAGAGCUCCUCUGCCCUUUUCGCUACCAGUGGGUUCCAUACGAUAUUUCAAAGCCGUUUUUAGACAGAAAAAAAUAUGUGAUUUUAUCUGAUUAUGCCACUUCACAAAAGGGGGAGUCAUUGCUACUGAAUGUUCUUGAUAAUCAUAUGGAAGAUCAAGAGAAUGAGGCCACAAAUGAUGUUCUGGUGAAUGAGGAUGAGAUAGCUGAAUUUGACUCCGAUUUUUCUGACGACGAAUCAGACGAAUCAGACUCAGAAACUAAUGGUGCCGAUGUCAGUAAUGUUUUGAUUGGAGUGAGAGCAAAUGUUCAUCGGAGGUUCAAGGACCUACGACAUGCAUUUGAUCAGAGUCAGAGGAAGUUUGUAGAAAGCCAGAUACAAAGAUAUGUUAGAGCUGUGGGCACAGAGCUCUCUGAGAAAAUGGUAUACUCACUAGCAUGAUGUAUAUAUAUUUUCAUCGACAUAUUUAUGCUUCUUCAACUCUCUGUCCAUAUCAAACGUUGCCUUAUUAUUCAACUUGCUGGAGUGCCGUUUCACUUUAUUUCUGUACUGCUCAAUUUAGCUACACAUGCUCUUCGUAUGCUUGUAUCAAGAAUUGUACUUCAAAAUGGUCAUUGUGGACCGUGGGAAUCAUAAUAAUUUACGCAAUAAAUUAUUAUGUAAAAUUUGAGAUGAGAUGAAUCCCAGACUGCCUUAAAUUGUGUAAAAUGAAGUCCCAUAUUAUUUUA